UUUCCGAAGAUCGAGGCGUCGUAGAUUAGUAAAAGCACAGGACUCCAAAGCGGCGCACGACGUGUUGUCCGUUUUGUCAAGCGGCCAGAUUAUGACACUUGGAAACCUAUGCCUACAGGAUGCCGUCAAUUUAGAAAUCCGAUUUACCAAAUUCGACGAAAAGUAUUUAGACUGUUUUAACUGUUUACGACAGUGUUGUGUUUUCUCCAUAAGUGGAUACAAAUACUGAACAACAAGUGGAAUUUGGCGUGGGGUGAAGGCGCUCGUGCUUGAACUGGCUCCAGUUAUGGAAGAGCGAAAGGAUCAAAACGGUCAAGAUUUGGGCGAGGGUGAGAGCGUUUCCCUCUCUCCGAAUCUGCCCUCUCCGCCGAUUUUGCCACAUCAGGCGGCGCAGCAAGCUCACAGAACCACCAACUUUUUUAUUGAUAAUAUUUUGCGGCCAGACUUCGGUUGCAAGAAGGAAAGCGGGAUCAGGGAGCGGGCGCAGACCACCGGCAGAGAGAACGUCAACCCUUUGAUAAUCAGGCCGUCUCAUCCCACCACACUGUGCCAGGAUUCAAACAGUAGCAGUGACAGUACUUCUUCCUCGUCGUCUGCAUUGUCUUCGCCAGCCUCCAAACAGAGCCCGGGAAAGCCAGGGGAAGGGAAUGGCAAUAACACUUCAAAAUACGAGGAGAGCGCCACAUCGAUCGUGGUUGUUAACGCGAGUAAAGGAGGAGCAGAUCCCGUUAAGGAAAGUCAGCCAAUGCUGUGGCCUGCCUGGGUUUACUGCACCAGAUAUUCAGACAGACCGUCAUCUGGCCCAAGAACACGAAAAUUGAAAAAGAAAAAAAACGACAAGGAGGACAAGCGACCCAGAACCGCGUUUACGGCCGAACAGCUGCAAAGACUUAAAGCCGAGUUUCAGGCCAAUCGCUACAUCACAGAGCAAAGGAGACAGUCGCUGGCCCAAGAACUGAACCUCAACGAAUCACAAAUAAAAAUAUGGUUCCAAAACAAGAGGGCGAAAAUUAAAAAAGCCACCGGUUUCAAGAACGGCCUGGCCCUACAGCUCAUGGCGCAAGGACUGUAUAACCAUUCCACCACCACCGUUCAGGAAGAAAAGGAGGAAAGCGAGUGAACCGGCACUCCCUUUUUUCACGUCCCACAUACACUAAAGGGGGAAGAUUAUUAUUAUUAUUAUUAUUAUUAUUAUUAUUAUUAUUAUUAUAUCUUUGUGAAAUAAAACGGAGAAGACUGGAGUGAGACAGGUCCUAUUUAAAUCAGGUCUGUCUGUUGCAUAUUAUACGGAUAUAAUUAUAUUAAUUUGGAACAUUAUCGAAAUCUCUAUGUAACCAUACAAUAUGGAGUUGUACAUAUUUAAUUUAAGGGUAAGUUCAUAUCGAUCCUCACGUCCUGGAUAAUUUGUAUAAUUUGUUUUCCUUUAUGAUAUUGUUGUUCACUGGUUUAGUACGUCUACCAAUCAAAAUGAUUUUGAGGUCAUAUUUCUCUCCCCAGCCCAAACUACACGACUCACAAAUUUACAGACUGCGUUUCUGACCCGCCGCUUGAAGCCAAAGAUUUUAUUAUGUUCAGAAAAUGUGGACUGAAAUAAAAAUGUAGAAACUG